UCCCCUCUUCAAAUGUAGCAAUUUCUGAUGGCUAACAAGUUGGAUACAGCAAUGUGGAUUUCCCGCUUGUUCACUGUUUACUGCUCAGCUUUAUUUGUCCUGCCUCUUCUAGGGUUGCAUGAAGCAGCAAGCUUUUAUCAGCGUGCCUUGCUGGCAAAUGCUCUAACCAGUGCCCUCCGACUGCACCAAAGGCUACCACACUUUCAGCUUAGCAGGGCAUUUCUUGCCCAGGCUUUGUUGGAGGAUAGCUGCCACUACCUGUUGUACUCUCUUAUCUUUGUUAAUUCCUACCCUGUUACAAUGAGUAUUUUCCCAAUUCUGCUGUUUUCUUUGCUUCAUGCUGCCACAUAUACAAAGAAGGUUCUUGAUGCACGAGGUUCAAAUAGCAUGCCCCUUCUGAGAAAUCUUUUGGAGAAACUGAAUGCUAAUCAACAGAAUAUUCUAAAAUUCAUUGCUUGCAAUGAAAUUUUCCUGAUGCCAGCUACAGUGUUUAUGCUCUUCAGUGGGCAGGGGAGUCUGCUCCAGCCGUUCAUUUACUAUAGAUUUCUUACGUUACGCUACUCCUCUCGGAGAAAUCCAUACUGUCGGACUCUCUUCACCGAGCUGAGGAUUGUUGUUGAGCAUCUAAUAAUGAAGCCCUCAUGCCCUGUUUUUGUAAGAAGACUAUGUCUCAGCAGCAUUUCCUUUAUAAGCAGAUUGGCACCAACUGUUGCGUAGCCAACUUCCAGGCAUUUAUGUAAUGUGAACGUUAUGAGCAGCUGGCAAUUCUGCUGAUGAUUAUAAAUUCCUGGUUUUACACUGAUCUCACUCCAGGCUGUAGACAAAUGUGUAUAUGCUUCUCUUGGAGAUAAUAUGAAAUUUAUCAUCUCAAAAGCGAGUCUUGGAAACUUAAAAUUACUGUGUUGCGUUGCUAAUUUGUGAGAAAUAGCUUCAUCUUAUCCAAAACGUGCUAAGAAGGAUAAAGUCCAAGCAUAUGGAAUUGUUUUUUUUAAAAAUCGUAGAUUGUUUAAGGUUGAUUAAAAGUUUGAUUGUUUGUUUUAAGGAGUCUUUGCUUAGUAGGUCUCUUAGUUGGAACCCUAGCUACUGCAAAAUGUCUCCAGUGGACACCAGUUGGUACAUAUACCAGUGCACUACACCUUGGACAGUAUUCUUCUGCUUACUGAUAUGACCAUGGACUUUUUUGCCUAAAUUAGUAUAUUCAAUAAAAAAAAAUGGCCCACUUUGAAUUUAACAAAAUGGAUUAAAAUCUGUCAAGCUGGCAUGGUUAACACCUUUUCUGAAGGAGAGCGUAUUUUUAUUAAUUGAGAAAAAGAAAAAACUCUUCUGGGUUUCUUCCUUGUGAUGUAGUUCUACAUCAUGUUGUUCGGAGAAAUCUCAAGACUCUGACCACAGAAAACUCUGUACAGUUAUGUUGUCAUAACAAGAUGUUUUACCAAGCCAAGUUGCUGACCUGUAAGCUUUUUGAGACAAAGAUGCAAUGCUUAAACUUUUAACCAUCUCUUAAGUGAACUAAUCAAUGUAAAUGUGGUAACUUUUUCAGAAUCAUUGCAAAUGUGUUCUUGUGUCUCCACAAAUGUGAGGCUGUGGUAACUCAAGCAUGUCUGCUUUUUAGAAAAUUAAUCUGUAGCUAGCUUUAUAUAAAUUGUUCUCCCAGUUUCUGAGGCUCUCAUUGUGAUGGGAAAUUUACUUAAAGGAUUGCACCUGUUCAGGCAUCUAUUGAAACAAAUGGCUGUAGGAUUCUUCUUGGCAUAAAUCCAUCUGAUCUUACUGAUCUGAAGGCAGUGUCAUGACUACAGAAAUGAAUAAUAAAUUGAGUUCUUAUUAUGCAUUCACCCAGCAGCUGAAAGGUAGGUCAUGGAAAAAGAAUGUUAUCUGUCAGAAUGCAACCUGCUUCCAUAAAGUUAAGGCAAAGCGUUUGUCUAAUCGUCUGUGGUAAAUGUUGAUAUUUUAAUUACAUAAAAUAUAAUGGAAUUCAUCAGCCUUCUGUAAACUCCUAAUGCAUUGUACUUAAUUCUUGCUUGGUCGGAGAAAUCUUAGGUGAAACACUUUUGAAAGUGAUCUUGAAACAAAGUAUUUUCUUGUAACUUAACUUGUUUGUGAUGUGGCUAUAAUUCAGACUUUUCAGUUGUAUUAAGUAUUAGUUUGUUGGUUCAGAGACAUGCAUUUAUACGUUUAUUUCAUUUUUUUGCUCAACCUCUUGGUGCUGAUGAAGACCUGUUUUUGGUAACCCAGUAUGAUAUUGACUUUUGAACUUGCUCUCUGAACAUGAUUCGCUAUUUACAGAAUACUUGUACACUGCAGAAGCAACUGCAUGCAGUAAUGCUCUACAGCUGCUAAGACUUGCAACUAGAUUUACUAUCUGUAUAUCCUGUUAUUUGAGCAUUUUAGAAAAACUAAAAUUUCUACUGCAAUAAAAGGACUGUUAAAUGUAAUGUAGUAGGCUCUUCAAGCUUAUUUUUCUUUCUAACAGAACAUACUGAUACUUGAACCUGGAAGUUGAGCAGAAUGCAAUUUUGUGUGCAUGUUCUCUUGACCCUACUGCCACUUCUGAAUCAGGAAACAAUCAAUGUCUUGUGCAUUUCUAAACAGUGAAUUUAUAGGGAAUUUUUUGCCUUAUAAAGUGACCCUUUCCUUCAAAAUUUAACUCAAGAGUAAGUACUGCAACAGUGCUAUCUGAUAUGAGCAGAAAUCCAGACCUACUUCUGACUGUUUCUAUAUUUCAGCACUGCUCUAGGCCCUAUCUGAUGUUGUGUAUUUUUAAGUGAUGACAUCAGACUUUGCACCACUAUGAUUUUAAAAUAAAGUUUGUUACCUAAGAGUCUAUUCGGGAGUGGAAGGCAAAUGAAGGCUUUGGUAAUUAGUGUAAACAAAGUAACAUUACUCUUAAGUUCUGAGCCAGUUCUUGUGCUCUAAGACUGCUUUUAUUAUGGGCCCAAUUUACUGUUCCUUUGGUUGUACGUUAUUAUUGGUUAGAAUUAUGUUAAUCUUAGUGAAGAGUAAAAACUGGGUCUGAUAUGUUACAAAAGUAGAAGGGUGCUGAGUUUUGUGACCCAGCUCUUUAUGAAUGGGCAAGGAAGAUUAAAAAGAUUAAAUGAGUGAGAUUUCCAAUUCUCUACCUACUGAAGGCUCAUGAAAUAGUUUAUAUAUGGAUACGGGAUUUCUUGCUACCUCUUUCUUUUAAGUAGUGUUAGAUGUAGGUUGAGAGGAGAGAAAUUUUUAUAAACCAAAUUUGAUUUGGCUAGUGUUACAUUUGUUUACAUGCUUUGCUGAGACUUGCCUGACAAAACUGAGGCCUGGGUUUUGUUUGUGGCCUAUUUAAAAAAAAAAAAAAAACUUACUUGCAAGGUAUGCCUAGAAAACAUGGAAUAUUGGGAUAACUUCUAAGCAAAAUGAAUUAGGCUACUGACCUGCACUCUGCAUCAACUUUGAUUUAUUUGCUCUAGCCUUAGACCGCCUAAGUGAUAGUACUGAGUUUUGUGCCCGCUUUGUAACAGUGGUUUGUGGCUGUUUCUGUACUAACAGCUAAA